GCUACGUCUUUCAUGAUAAGUUCAUCGACAUUAACACCUUUUAUCCAUGUUCAUCGAUCCUCCUGUCUCACCUUAUUAACGUUUCUUUGUGUUGCAAAAUGAGAUGUUUGUUUAGCUGGUGGCGCUGCACCUGAAUGUCAACUAUAUUAAAGGAACACUUCUGUCCUAUUCAAGUCAUUUGUUCUUCUUCCUGGUUAUGGUGGAUCACGACUACGUACUUGUUGAUGUCGUAGGAUAAAUACUUAGUCGUUACUUUUGAAUUGUAUAAACCAAAUAAUAUUUUGUCAACACCUUGGCUUUCACACGUAGUGAAUUUGACAGCAAAGUCAUGCAGCACAGGUCAUUCCAUCAGUCUUUCCGCACCACUUCUUCUGUGAGAAGAGGAGGUCGUGAGACAUCUGGAAAGAGGCUCUUUGUGACAGGUGCCAAAAGUACGGGAUGGGCAGCAUCAGGAGGAGGUGCGACGAGGUCCAUCUACCAGAAAUUCCGAGAUGUUGACCUGCUGGACAAGAAGAAGACGAUGACAGCUAUGAAGGCUGGGGAGGACCGGGCUAUUCUCCUAGGCCUGGGCAUGGUCAUUGCGUCGGCCAUGAUGUACUUUGUUCUGGGCAUCACUGUACUGCGCUCCUAUGCAGCCAGUGUGUGGACAGAGGGGAGUGUCUGUAUCGUGCUCAACUCCACCAUCACGGCAGACAUGAACUGCUCUUACAGCUGUGGCUCGGACUGCUGGAGAGGCUCCAAGUACCCCUGUCUGCAGGUCUACGUCAGUGUCAACACCACGGGCAGGGUCAGCCGCUUAUCCCACAGUGAGGAGAGCUGGGACGCCAACUUUGAGUGUUUCUACGUGCCAAAGUGCCAGAAGGACACCAAUGCCAUGCACCACAUUAUCGUGAACAUCUCAGAGCGCCUGAAGCCGCACCACCAGGUCCUGUGCUACUACGACCCCAGCGACCAGCAGGAGAGUGUCCUCCUGACCCGGCAGUACGGCCACAGUCCCGUCUUCCACUCGCUCUUCUGGCCCUCCUGUAUGCUCACGGGGGGCACCGCCAUCAUCUUCAUGGUCAAACUCACCCAGUACCUCUCCAUUAUGUGCGAGCAGGUUAUCAAGAUCGAAAGGUGAAGCUUGCUGGCGUGGCAGCUGAGAGCGUCAAACAUGGCCGCCAGUCCGGACAGAUGAUGACAUGAAAGGGAUUGUUUCAACCGAAUGACCCUGUGACCUCUUGUAAUGUCGCUCUCUCAGCGCUGAGAGAUUUGGAACAGGUGGCUGGACUUGGCUUCUGUUCUGAAACUGACAUCUUGGAAAGCAGAUAAAUGAAUGUUCGACCCCUGUUGCCUGGAAAGCAACUUGCAUGCAUGUUUUCUUACUGAAUAUGUAAGCUUUUUAUAUAAAUUUAACAGGCUAUUUGAAAGUUAUUAAAUUAUUCACCAACGCUGAACAUGGGACUUUCACAGAAAGUUGGGUACAAUCCUAAGUGUUGAGUAUUGGUGAGCACUUUAUCUAACACAGAUGACAAUGCCAAGCUACAUUUGUGCUGACGGAGUGAGACAGAGAGUUCAUUCUCCUAAAUUGUCCAAUGUAUUUGCUGAAGAUAACUGUUCACGUCCUACUGUGUCGAAGGUAGAACCCUGUUUCAGUUCCUGUAUGUUCACAAUGAAGAGGGUUAAAGACCAUUGUGGAUAUACUCGAACUAGGUAGAAUAUGCAGAAUCUAAUGGGGAAAAUGCUGAAUGACACCAUCAACACAUUUUAGGGGUCAGCUAUAGCUUAUAUUAUUUAUAGUAGAUACCAUUUUAUUGUUCAGUCUGUCCUACAGAACUUGUGUGCUAUGCAGCAACAACAAAAAUCAGUGUCUUGUGUUGCUCUGAUGACAACCCCAGGAAAGCUGCACAAUCCAUUCUGUUUAUUUUUAAUACAUUUGGCUCUGUAUGCAAUAAAUUGACCUCUCAUAACAUAUACAUGCACUUAUGCCUUCCCAUGGUGAGGCAUAUCAAAAUUAAAUAAAUCCUUUAAUGGUGAAUCAAGUAAUUGUUUACAAAUGAUGCAACUGUAAUAAACCCUACAUUCUUGUCCAGAAA